UGCCCAGGAGCUGCUGGGGGCCAGCAGUGGGGACAAAGGCUGGAGCUUGCAGGCUGGGAGGUGUGGCUCUGGGGGUUAGGACAUACCAGGGCAUGGGUCACAGUGGGAGCCUGGCAGCCCAGUGACAUGGUUCUGCUGGCUGUGACAUCACAGAAGACGAAUGGUCACACUGGCACCUGUGUCCAGGGGCAGCAGCAGGCAGUUGAACUCUGGCAGCCAGUGAGUGCACAUGCAGUGGGAAUGCUGGGCUGGAUGGGGGCUGGCAAAGCUGGGCUGGGGGUUUAAACGCAGAGUGAGAACCGGGACCCUCAGGACUGCCAGUCCAGGUACCCCUAGUCCCCUGCUCCCUCCCAGCCAGAGGUGCUUAGCCCCCUUUCUCUCACUAGGCCAUGUCUCCUAUCGUUGCUCUCAUCCUGGCCAUGUUAGUUACCCCCAGUGGGCUGAAGGUGGACAUAAAAACUCAUAAGGAUGUGGUCAAGCAGAUGCAGGAGCGCGAGGAAUUUUUGCAUCAGGAGAUGACUCGGCUCCUGCAGGAAAUUGAGGAGAACAAUUCCACGAUGAAAAGCCUGUUCCUUUUUGCACGGAAGCUGCCGUGGCUUCCUUGGCUCACUGAGGCUGUUCUGCUGUCUGUGGCCUUCUGGCUGGUCAGGAGAUGGAAGUGGCGCUCUGCCAGCAGCAGGAGGCAGGAGGGAUCCAGCAGCAAGGAGAAUGGCAACAGUGAGGAGAAGGCUGGCAGCAAGGAGUUGAGAAUGUCCCUUCUCAUCGCUGCAGGGUCCCACUGGAUGGCCUUUAAAGGUCACUCCCAAGCCCAAAUCUCUUGUAAUUCUGUGAUUCUGCAGCAGGACCCGCUCAGCACAAAGGUGAUGAAGGAGCUGUUGGACGAGCUCCUCAGUGUCUGCCGAGUGCUGUCCCGGAGGAGCUUCAUGCCAGAGCUGCACCCAGCCACCGGGACAGACACCAACCCUGAAGCCUGGAGCAUCCAGGAGAACAGCAGUGCCUACUGCCUUCUGGUCAUCCUGCGGCCACCACCCGGCCACUCCUUCAGCCCGGAGAGCGCAGAGCAGCCGCCAGCCAGGCGCAUCCGUGUGGCGCUGGAGUGCCUGUGCUCAGGGGAGCAGCUGCUGGGGCAGAUGUGCUUUCUCCACAGUUCUGGUGGCCAGCUGCCCAGGGAUCAGGAGUGGUACCUGCUGGACACCCUCUGCACAGGCUCCUACUUGGACGCUGAGAAAGUCACCUGCUGGGUCCAAAUGUUGGUGGCAUCAGCCUGGCUGCGUUUGCCCCACUCGCGCCACUGCCAGCUCACAGCACUGCCCUCCCGCAAGUCCUGCAUCUUCCAGCUGAGCAGCACCUCUGGCCUGUGCUGCAGCAUCGAGAUGGCUUUGGCCGUGCAGCAAGGCAGCUCAGGUGCCUACCUGAGCCUUGCGUAG